AUGCUUACUGAACCUGACGGUUUGGUUUUGAAAUUCCGUGUGUACGCAGGCGGUCUUGACCACGAAGUUUUAGGUAAAGGUCACGCCGAUAAAGUAGUGAUGCAGCUCAUGAAUGAAAAGCUUCAUAAUGGCCAUGCACUGUACAUGGACAAUUUCUAUAACAGUUUGGGUUUAGCGAAAAAACUUCUCGAUAAUAAUACGUACUGCACUGGAACAUUACGCAUUAAUCUGAAACAAAAUCCUCAAGAGGUCGUUCAAAAGAAUCUGAAGAAAGGAGAAAACAUUUCUAGGUACUACCAAGGAGUUCACAAAGGAAAAUGGAAGGAUAAACGACCUGUUACCUACAUUACUACAGAGUUUGAAGAUAAAAUGGUUCUAAUAACUAAUAAACGUGGACAAGUCGCUCAAAAACCCGAGGCAAUAGCAAAAUAUAAUGAUUAUAUGUCUGGAGUCGACCGGCAAGAUCAGUUGUUAGCAUUUUAUCCUUGUGAAAGGAAAACUUUGCGGUGGUACCUAAAGGUUGCUAUUCACACAUUCCAACUGCUACUGAUAAAUUCAUUCAAAAUAUAUAAUAAGUACUCAGGUCAACCUAAAAUUACCUUAUAUGAUUACCGCUUAUCAGUGAUAAGCGCAUUGCUACCAGAUAAACAUGUCAAAACAAAUCCAGGACCUGUAAAAAGACAAGUUCCUAUGCCGCACAAAAUCAGUAAGAUUACGGAAAGAAAUGCAAAAGGAAAAUUGAAACGUAAGCAAUGCCGCCAAUGCACAAAAGAAAAAAAAACGUACAGACACUAUUUGGCAUUGCAUUACUUGCAUCGAAAAACCUGGAUUAUGUGUCGAAUGUUUUGA